AUGAUCAUCCCCUCCACCAUUCUACUUGGCCUUUUGCUCACAAUUUUAAGAGUUCCACAUGCAGGCGCGAAUCCGAAUAGUUUCGCUCGCCAGGCAUCCCAUAACCUUCCCUCCUGUGGACAGCUUAUGUUAGAUGCUUACGGUACCUUCCGGACAAAGGAGUGCGAAUCAGCUGCACGUCUUUUACAUAUGAAAAGAGGAUUGCAAGACCACACAGGUAUGCUUCCAGGUGGGUCUAUUCUCUAUCUCCUUAUCGAAAAAGCCCCAGGAAAGCAGUUAGAUUCUGCUGGGUUCUGGGAUCUACGGCGCCGGGAGCGUGAUAAAAUCCGACAGACCUUCAAAGCUGCAUGGGAGGAAUGUGUUGCCAAGGGGUUUCGACCCUACGGAGAUGUGUCGGGUUUAUUUUGGGAUAGUUCCUCGGACAAGAUUACCAUUUAG